AUGAAAGGCCAUGUGCCCAGUGCGUUAAGAGAAAUAUCUAUUGCGACAGAGGUCUCAAAAUCCGAUUUCGCCACAGCAGCCUUGGCUCCACGUAAAACAAAGGGAAAAAGACUAAAAUUUCCGUCUGAUCAACGCUGGUGCAAGCUAUUGAACCAAAAGAUCGAGUUUGUGGAUCAGACGUUAGACACUGUUCGAUCAUUCAACUCUUUGUCAGACCCCGAAGCCGACUCCGUCGAUUACCCUUUUCCCUCCCUGGAAAGACAAGACGCAGAUAAGUCACCAUGUAACGAUGGUGAUACCCAACUCCAGGAGUCUAGCAAUCUGGACCACACCACUUUGCCGUUCCACCAACAUCCGGAUCAAUUACCUCAACUGGUGUUUGAGGAAUACACACCCAUUGCGACCGGACACAUCGAUAGUGACUGGUAUAACACAGGAUACACACCCCAGGGUACCUAUGCCUCAUACGGUGAUAGACACCAACUAGGGCUACCCACCUGCACACUUAAGCAAAGUGAGGCAGAGCUGGUCCGUUACUUCUUUUCCGGGUUUAGCGAUGCUUUCGAUCUUGGAGAUCCAGAUCGGGCCUUCUCCAGUUGGUUGUCAGCUCGAGUGCUGCAAUAUCCCCGUCUUCUUGAGUCUGUCUUGACGACCGCCUCGAAGCACUCGGGAAAGGAGGUGAUAAAGACAGCUUGCCUAGACCAAGGCGAACCAUCUUCUGACCACACACAACGUCUACCUGGCAUUGAUUCAAUUACUGACUUCAGUCUCCGAUAUACUGAUUCUGUUGCUGGUCUGUUAUCGCGAUUUAAGCAUACCAUGGAAGCUAAAAGUUCGAUCUCUACUCCUACCCUCGGUCAAGCGAGCACUAUGGACGAACGGACAGAACCCUCUGAACAAGCGGACCUACCAGAAGCCGCAUGGUGGGCGAGCUUGCGACUAGAGGUCUAUUCAGCAGUUGUAACUCAGACACCUUUCACACCGACAUCGGAUCAUUUGUACGCAGAUAAAAGGUUUGUUCCUGUCGAUGACAAAGACUGGGCAAACCUGAUGCUUCUCCACCUGGCAGACAUAAUCCGAUACUGCUUCUCGGAAAGCAAAGAUACCGACAACUAUAUCGCACUGCUAAAAGACCUAACUACAUGGUCGAAUUCCAAACCAGACUCUUUCGAUCCGAUAUAUACAUGCAGCCACCCUGAGGGGCGGGCGCUUCCAGAUGUUUGGGUGUACAAUGAAUCAGUCGCUGCUGGUUUGCAAUAUUACCAUCUUGGCCGGAUGCUUCUUAUCUCUCACGAUCCGCGUCUUCCUAAGAUAGGACCUGCAAAGAAAAAGGAAAUGAAGCGAAUUGAGCACGAGAUGAAAAACGAUGCCAAGUUAGUCUGCGCAAUUGCCGAAGGCAUGGGCGAAGACAAUCCCACAUAUUUGACUGCCUGCAUGGCCAUAGCCUUGGUCGGAGAUCUCUUCGACAGCCGCGCUGAACAAGAUGCCCUCCUUGGUGUUCUUGACAAUGCGACCGAUCGCUUCGGAUGGCCAACUUCUUACAUCAGAGACCAUUUAAAAGAGGCGUGGGGAUGGGUUUAA